AUGAAAAAAUUAAUCGAAAAGAAUGUUAUAAAAAUAAAUUACCACAACUUUUUAAAUAAAUACAGAAUACACACGGGGUGUGAAAGGGAUGCCACGGACACAGAACUGUACGAACACUUCAUCGUAAAUCCGCUCACUUAUUCCGGAUCCAGGGGGUGCUUGCCAGAAGGGUUCAGACAGAGGAAAGAACCCCAACAGCUGGAUGGAUUAAACAUAUUUGAAAUUGUCGAUUAUGUCAAUGUGGGGGAUCGGCUGUACAAGUUGGAUGAGGCGGACGAAGGGGAAGAUGACGAAGUGCAGGACUCCCCCAACGCCUCGGAGGACUCUGGGAACUCGCCAUAUGAUGAUGCCCCUGAUGGUAGCAAGACCACUCAAUUUAACAAAUUGAAAAAGAAAAAUGGAAAGGGAGGCAAAAUAAAGACAUCAAAUAAAAUGGACAAGAAUUACCUUCUGAAAAGGUGGAAUCCUGAAAAAAGAAGAAUUUUUCGCUUUUUACUCUUCGAUGGGAAUAAUUUUAUUUAUGCUUAUGAGAAGGAAUACAACGAGAAUUUUAACUACCUAGAAAAGUGUACUUAUAGGUACCCCAAAAUUAUUUUGUAUAAUAAACCCGCCAUUCAACGUGGGACUUUAUUGUUAAAGAAAAGUCAGGUGAUUAUUUUAUUUAAGGGAUGUAGAGAGUCCGAAACGGGUGGUGCCCCUUUGGAGGAUGACCAGCUAGAUGAAGUGGUCUCCACUACAGGGGCCCCCUUCCAUGGGGAGGACAACCAAAAUUACCAAAUCUCCACAAAAAAGAGAGAACCUAAUAUUAUCAAUUUAACGAAUGGCCCAACAAAUUACUCUUCUUAUAAAGAGAACAUAUUUGGGAUUGACCAAAACAUACAGUACAGGGGAAACCAGAUUGAUGAUGUCCCCAGGAAAUUCUACUACGUAGAAAACACGGCAAAAAAUGAUUUCCAAUUUAACAAUGCGUACGUCAGAAGGGUGAAUCAUCCCAACAUGGAGGACAGAAGUAAUUCCAAUAUAUGUAACAGGAUUAAUCAGCACAGCCUUCAUGCACUUGGCAAGGAAUGUCCCCAUAGCAAAUGGGAACAUACAUGGGAAGGGCGUAGUAAUACGCACAGUGUAGAAACGGAACAUACACAGCGCGUGGGUAGGAACCCGAAUGGACAUUACAGCCGGAACGGUAUGUGGAACCAUGUUCAGAGUGUAGAAAAGGUUAAUGUGGAGAAUUUUAGCAUAGGUGAUCGUAACUACAGGGAGAGAUACCCGAGUGAACACACCACCUCUAUGCACACAAUGCAGAACAGGAGCGGCUUCGAAAAAGAGAGAAUCUACUUCUACAAUAAGGAUAACGAUUGGCAAUAUCCCACAAAAUAUUACGACAAUUAUGCGCGAAACUCUGGCCAAGAUUAUCCAAGGAUGAACGAAUAUUACGAUAAGAAGGAGGGGGCCAUUUAUUGGUCAAAGGAAACGAUGUACAAACGUGUCAGCAACGAACUGGAAGACACAGGUUAUCAAAGAUUCAGCGAUGCUGUAGGAGGAGACUGGAGUGGCCACUUUAAACAUGGAAGCAAUAGAAACAGAGGAGAUACCAUCCAGUUUAGCAACCAAUAUGGCAACUUUGGGCGCAUGGCUCAUUAUCCCAUGGAUACAAAUGAUUGGGAAGAGAAGAACGGUUUAACAGCGCAUGCAAGGGGAGAGAACGAAAACUGGAUGAUGGGCAACCGGUACACAAGAGUGCAUUCGCCGAGUCGUGAACAUCAAAUGGGUGAGGCGCUGCAACAUGUAGAACGCACAUAUUAUGAGGCGCAAGACCCAGUGGGAAAGAACUUUGCUGGGAUGAGGAGCAACGAACUUUUCAAACAAACGGAUCAACGCUCGAAUGCCAUAAAUAAAAGAAAUAGGAACGAACUGAUCGAUUUGACGGAAGGGUUUUUUCAGUCUGACUUUUUUCACAAUACGAAUGAAUUAGACAGCGUGAAUAAAGGUAGCGAGGUUAUUAUUCUCGAUGAAUGA